GUAUUAGCAGUUUACUGAAUUUUCUUUCAGAGAUACCGGAAAUACUCCAGGAGGGAACAUGCACAGAAACGCACUGAAGAAUCCCAUUGCACUUGAGCAUUUUUCUAGUCUUUUAUUCUAUUUUGAGUCUGGAUAUAAGGUCUCGAUGGAGGACACACGCACUUCAGAGACAUGACAUACUUGGAGUAAAGGGAAGCAGACACCAGCUACAUCAGGAUCCAGGUAUAUCACAGAUAGUUUUCAGAGGCCUACGUGUUUAAUAGCAAAGAAAAUAUAAAGGUCAUUGUCUGUGACCUGUAGAAGAGUUUACAAUGGAGAGUCCAGCUGUCACAGAGUCCUCCUAUAACACAGUUGCCAUGAAUGACUUCUUUUCUGGAUUCGUAUGUUUCAGCAUAAAUGUGCGGGCAUUUGGAAUCACAGUGCUGACUCCGCUGUACUCGCUGGUGUUUGUCAUUGGUGUGAUAGGCAAUGUCCUGGUGGUUCUGGUGCUCAUACAACGCAAGAGGCUUCGAAACAUGACCAGCAUCUACCUGUUCAACCUGGCUGUCUCUGAUCUGGUCUUUCUAUUCACACUACCUUUCUGGGUUGACUAUAUCGUAAAAGGAGACUGGGUGUUUGGUAAUGCCAUGUGUAAGUUUCUCGCUGGAUUUUAUUACCUGGGCUUGUAUAGUGACAUGUUUUUUAUCACCCUGCUUACAAUUGAUAGGUACCUAGCUGUUGUCCAUGCUGUGUUUGCUCUGAGGGCCCGGACUGUCACUUUUGGCAUCAUCAGCAGCAUCAUUACCUGGGUCCUAGCUACCUUGGUUUCUAUUCCUUGUCUGUAUUUUUUCAAAACUCAGUUGGAGUUCACUUACCAAACCUGCAGAGCAGUUUUGCCCAAGAAGAGCCUGAUACAGUUUUUGAGGUUUCAGGCUCUCACAAUGAACAUCCUUGGGCUAAUUUUGCCUCUGUUGGCCAUGAUCAUCUGCUAUACAAGGAUCAUCAAUGUUCUACACAGAAGACCCAAUAAGAAGAAGGCCAAAGUCAUGCGUCUGAUUUUUGUUAUUACACUUCUCUUCUUCCUCCUCUUGACCCCCUAUUAUUUGGCUGCCUUUGUUUCUGCUUUUGAAGACGUCCUAUUCACCCCCGGGUGUGUGAGAAGCCAACAGGUGGACCUGGCCUUGAUGAUAACUGAGGCACUUGCCUACACCCACUGCUGUGUCAACCCAGUCAUUUAUGUCUUUGUGGGUGAACGGUUCCGGAAGUACCUCCGGCAGCUGUUUUGGAGGCGUACAGCUGUAUCCCUGCCAAAAUGGCUGCCCUUCCACUCGGUAGACCGAGUACAGAGGUCCAGUUCCACGUCUCCAUCCACAGGGGAAAUUGAGGUCUCUGCUGACUUAUAAUUCAGACUCCUGGAUGCCAACAAAGACCAAGAAGAGAGUGAAAAGACAGUGUGCCUCUCUAAGACAGAUACGAACCGAGGAUUCAUUUUCUUGUAAAACAGAGGAACCUUGCAGGUAGCUUAGAUAGAAUGUUUGCCAUGAUCUUCUUCCUGUCGGAAAGGGUAUGUAUGAACAAAUUGAGACAUUCCAGAGACUGGGACAGUAGGUUCCAGGGAAGAAGGGCUCAGACCCAAUAGGAGGUAGGGUUUGUGCCCAAUAGCAUUGGCAAACAAAGUGAACCCCACUCCCAGUGAUUAUGGAACCAGUUGAGUACACAAUCGUGUGUACUCUGAACCUGAAAGUCAACGGCAGUUCACAGAUGCCUCCUCUACCACACCCACACUGCAGGACUUGAACUCUUAAAAACCUGGAACUCUAGAUCAAAGUAGUUGAGACCUAUUGAGGCACUGCAUUCCAUUUGAGUAGGAAAGUCUUUAGAAAGAAUUUAUAUUUGUUAAAACCAAAGAUUUCUGGCAAGUAAAUAGAGAAGAAUAUUUACCUUCCCUGCUUGUAGUCUUCUCCCUAAAGGAUCAGGCCUCUAAGAAUAUAGUAUAAUAUAAUAUAAUAUGUAUUUUGUAUUAUAUUUAUUAUAUUACAUUAACCUCCACCUCACCUUUCUAAUCCUGCAGGUUCUAUGUAUCUAAUCUGGAGUAAUACUUUUCAGUGCUUUGUCUUAUAUUAACAGCAAGGUAAAUAUGUGCUGUGUGAAAUGCACUCUGGAAUAAUUUUAUCAUGCUCAAAUAUGGAAAUUGGUUUACUUGGUAUUCCCAUUUUUAGUGGCUGCCAUCUGCUUACCUUGGGAGACUUUACUGGGUUUGAUAACUCCAUUUACUAAUUUUUAUAUCAUGCUGGAAAGAGAUAAACUUGUAUUUUGUAGUGCUUUAUUCCCUACAAUGACUUCUUUUCCUGUAAUACCUACAUUUUCACUUGUCUUACUCUAUGUUGAAUAGAAAUCCUUAAUUUUGGUGUAAUAAAUUUCAUCAACUCC